AUAUGUUUUAAUUGAAAAAUUUCUCACUGAGUUUUCGAUGAGACAAGUACGUGUAAGUGCUCUAGCCGCAUUAUGUAUUUCACUUUUUAUUCUCGGAGUAGUCAGCGAUAGCUCAGAUUUUGAGCAAUUCGUCUCAGAAAUUUUGAGCUUUAUAAAUGACACCACGACGUAUGAGAAGCCCACUAAUAAUGAUGCUUUCUUCGGCAAUGGAACUGACUGGGAUGAAGCGUUAGAUUAUGGGACUUAUGACUUUAUAAUUGUGGGUUCCGGAUCCGCUGGUGGCGUUUUGGUUAACCGACUAACCGAAGAGGAAAACUUCACUGUCUUAUUGGUGGAAGCGGGAUCGGAAGAUCCCGUUAUAUCUAAAGUAAUUGGGCUUUACGCCUAUUUGCUAAGCUCAGGCUGUGAUUGGGGAUAUUACACCACCCCGCAACCCAACAUGUUCCUGGCGAAUACUGACAAAAGAGGAACGUAUGCGAGAGGUAAAGUACUGGGGGGCACAACUACUAUAAAUGGGGCGGUAAAUACACGCGGCAACUCAAAAAAUUACGAUGACUGGGUAGAACUGGGAAACGAUGGAUGGUCUUAUGAAGAAUCCGGAUCCGCUGGUGGAGUUUUGGUAAACCGACUAACUGAAGUUGAAAACUUCACUGUCUUACUGGUGGAAGCGGGAUCGGAAGAUCCCGUUAUAGCUAAAGUAAUUGGACUUACAAAUACUGACAAAAGAGGCACGUAUCCCAGAGGCAAAGUACUGGGGGGAACAAGCACUAUAAAUGGGGCGGUAAAUACACGCGGCAACUCAAAAAAUUACGAUGACUGGGUAGAACUGGGAAACGAUGGAUGGUCUUAUGAAGAAUGUUUGCCGUACUUUAAAAAAUUAGAAAAUGCUGAGUUUUCGGUCGAUAUUGAUAGAAGCGUUCAUGGAUUCGAUGGGCCAGUGCAUGUAAAUGUGCCAGAAGACACUCCUGUUUUGACAGAAGAACUGAUAAACGCCUUCCUAGAAUUAGGAAAAACAGAAGGCGAUUAUAACGGCGAUGAUCAGUUCGUUGUAAGUAGAGUUCAAGUAUUGUUGGAUUAUAAUACGCGAUCCGGCACUGCCCACUCCUACAUCCGGCCCAUCUUAAAUAGAACAAAUCUGGUGAUCAGUUUGGAAUCAUUAGCCACUAAAAUCCUAAUUUCCGAUAACGUUGCCACUGGCAUUGAAUUUUGGAAAAAUGGAACCAAAUAUUCCGCGUCUGCUAAAAAGGAAGUGAUUCUAUCCGCUGGAGUAAUCAAUUCUCCUCAACUUUUGAUGCUUUCGGGGAUUGGCCCAAAGGCAGAACUUGAUAAGCAUGAUAUUGACACCAUAGUUGACUUACCAGUCGGGCAAUAUUUCAGCGACCAUGCUUACUAUCAAGGAAUGUUUUAUAGAACAAAAUAUACGUUUUACAACAACACUUUCCUGGAAAAUUUGGAACAUUGGUAUCACAAUGAACGACCACUCACUGAUACGUAUACAUCGCAACUAGUCACUUUUUACGCAUUGGGAAUCUCACUGUUCACGAUGAGACAAGUACGUGUAACUGCUCUAGCCGCAUUAUGUAUUUCACUUCUUAUGCUCGAAGUAGUCAGCGAUAGCUCAGAUUUUGAUGAAUUCGUCUCAGAAAUAUUGAGCUUUAUAAAUGGCACCACGACUCCGGAUCCGCUGGUGGAGUUUUGGUAAACCGACUAACUGAAGUUGAAAACUUCACUGUCUUACUGGUGGAAGCGGGAUCGGAAGAUCCCGUUAUAGCUAAAGUAAUUGGACUUACAAAUACUGACAAAAGAGGCACGUAUCCCAGAGGCAAAGUACUGGGGGGAACAAGCACUAUAAAUGGGGCGGUAAAUACACGCGGCAACUCAAAAAAUUACGAUGCCUGGGUAGAACUGGGAAACGAUGGAUGGUCUUAUGAAGAAUGUUUGCCAUACUUUAAAAAAUUGGAAAAUGCUGACUUUUCGGUCGAUAUUGAUAGAAGCGCGCAUGGAUUCGAUGGGCCAGUGCAUGUAAAUGUGCCAGAAGACACGCCUGUUUUGACAGAAGAACUGAUAAACGCCUUCCUAGAAUUAGGUAAAACAGAAGGAGAUUAUAACGGCGAUGAUCAGUUCGUGGUAAGUAGAGUUCAAGUAUUGUUGGAUUAUAAUACGCGAUCCGGCACUGCCCACUCCUACAUCCGUCCAGUUUUAAACAGAACAAACCUGGUGGUGAGUUUGGACUCACUAGCCACUAAAAUUCUCAUUUCCGAUAACGUUGCUACUGGGAUUGAGUUUUGGAAAAAUGGAACCAAAUAUACCGCGUCUGCUGAAAAGGAAGUUAUUCUAUCGGCUGGAGUAAUCAACUCUCCUCAACUUUUGAUGCUUUCCGGGAUUGGCCCAAAGGAAGAACUUGAUAAGCAUGAUAUUGACAUCAUAGCGGACUUACCAGUGGGGCAAUAUUUCAGCGAUCAGAUUUUCUAUCAAGGACUGUUUUAUAAAACAAACUAUACGUUUUACAACAAUACUUUACUGGAAAAUUUGGAUCUGUGGUAUCACAACAAACGACCACUCACUGAUACUCUUACGUUUCAACUAAUCACUUUUUACAAUGUAGAUGGAAAUAGUAGCGAUACUCCGGAUAUUGAAAUAAUAAUUCCAGGCCCUCCAAAUAUUGGCCCCAAUUACGGAAAAGCGUACACAAACUCCACUUACGCGCAAGCUUUCGACGUUUUGGACGAAUAUACGGACUUCGCUGUGGGCCUAUAUUUCCUACAACCUAAAUCUGUUGGAGAAAUUACUUUAGCAUCAGCAGAUCCCAGAGAUUUUCCUUUGAUUAACCCGAAUUAUUUUUCUAAUCCCGAUGACUUGGAAACAUUAUACAAAGCAGAGGAAAUCGCUAGAAAUUUAGAAAACACAACAGCGUUCCAACGUAUGGGAGUCCAACCAACCAUCCUAGAUCUUCCAGAUUGCGACGAAAAUUAUGAAAAACUUUCAAAAGAUUGGUGGAUAUGCAGCAUGCAAUAUCUAGCAGCUGCGGGAAAGCAUUGCAUUGGAACUACAAGAAUGGGAAAUGAUACACAAAACUCCGUAGUGAGUUCAACACUCAAAGUUCACGGUAUCGAUAAGUUACGAGUGGUUGAUGCUGGAGUGAUUCCUCAACAAAUAUCGGGACAUAUUAGUACUCCCGUAAUGAUGAUUGCGGAAAAAGCUGCCGAUUUAAUUAAGAAUGAGUCCAACUAUACGUUUUAUAACAAUACCAUGUUAGAAGAUUUGGAAUUAUGGGAUCACAAAAAACGGCCACUUACGAUGGGCGAAUCAUUUCAAGCAAAACAUUCUACAAUGUUAACGGAAACACAAAAAAAGCAUGUUAAAUAUCAAACAUCAGAACGUUUAAGGUACACAAAUGCAUCAUACACGGCUGUAUUUGAUGUUUUGAACACAUAUACGGACAUUAGUGUGCCUUUAACAUUAUUGCAACCGAAAUCUGUGGGAGAAAUCACUUUAGCAUCAGCAGAUCCCAGAGAUUUUCCUUCGAUUAACCCGAAGUAUUUUUCUGAUGCCGACGACUUAGAAACGUUGUAUAAAGCAGUAGAAAUUGUUAGAAAUUUAGAAAACACGACAGCAUUUCAACGUUUGGGAAUCGAACCCAUCAUUUUAGAUCUUCCAGAUUGUGACGCAGAUUAUGAAAAGCUUUCAAAAGAUUGGUGGAUUUGCAGCAUUCAAUAUCUUACAAUUGCCGGUCAUCAUGCGGUGGGAACCACCAGAAUGGGAAAUGACGCGAAAACUUCCGUAGUGAGUUCAGAACUCAAAGUUCAUGGAACCAGCAAUUUACGAGUGGUAGACGCUGGAGUAAUUCCUGAUUCUAUUUCGGGCCACACGAGUACACCCGUAAUGAUGGUCGGGGAAAAAGCUGCGGAGUUAAUUAAAAAUGAACAUGCAUAAAAAUGUUCAAUAUAUCUUCGGAAAGUCCACUUUCGGGAUGACAACUAUAACACAAAAAUAAUGGGAAAUUUUGUUCGAUCAAUUAAAUUAAAUGUGGCAAUCUUGGGUUGAAAAUAAUAAGACUUCAGAUAA